AGCUUGGGACCAGUGUUUCUCAAUUUAAUCUAAACAAAAAUAAUAAUUUCUGCAUGCAUCUUCCGUUGCAUGCUUUCUUUUUCUCCCCUUUACCUUUUUCUUUUGGCUCUAUAAAAUGUGAAUCAUUUCCCCACUUUUUUCCUUGCCCCCCAAAACAGUACUAACACAAACUCUCUCAUACAAAUGGCAGAAGCUGUGUCCAAUUUGCCUCCGCUCGACGGAAAAAAUGGCGGCGUGAAACCGGUCCCCGGUCUGGUGCUAAUGAAUGGAGGAAAUGGAACUUACAGCUACUCCAAGAACUCCUACUAUCAGAAAUUUUCUGCAAACGCUGAAAGAGAGAAAAUUGAGGAGGAGAUCGUUGAGAAACUUGAUGUGGAAAACCUACUCACCUCUUCUAAUAAUACAAUUAGGAUUGCAGAUUUGGGAUGUGCAACUGGACCAAACACUUUUACAACCAUGGAAAGUGCACUAGAAGCAAUAAAAAGAAAGUACCAAACUCAAUGUCCAAACUCUCCAUUAAUGCCUGAAUUCCAAGUGUUCUUUAACGAUCAAGUCAUGAAUGAUUUCAAUACCCUUUUCACCUCUUUACCUCAUGAAAGAGAAUACUUUGCAGUUGGUGUUCCUGGGUCUUUCUAUGGUCGUCUAUUUCCUCAGUCUUCUCUUCAUUUUGUGCACUCCUCUUUUGCUCUCCAUUGGCUCUCAAAACUGCCUUCAGAAUUGGAGGAUGAGAGCUCUCCUGCAUGGAACAAAGGGAGGAUUCACUACACAAAUGCACCGGAAGAGGUUGUGAAAGCUUAUGCAGGCCAAUUUGAUGAGGAUAUGGGGAGGUUUUUGGAUGCAAGAGCUAAAGAGAUGGUGAGUGGUGGGAUGUUGGUGAUGAUUAUGUCAGGGAUUCCAAAGGGGAUGCCUUAUUCUUUUAUCCCUAAUGGCAUGAUGUAUGACUCUAUGGCAACUAGUCUCUUGGAAUUGGCCAAGGAGGGAUUGAUUAAAGAAAGUCAAGUGGACUCAUUCAACUUGCCCUAUUAUGCAGCCUCUCCAGAGGAAAUGGUCGGAAUAGUGGAGAGAAAGGGGCAUUUUAUGGUAGACAGAGUGGAGUUAACAAACCCUGCUUCAUGGUUACAAGGCCCUGUCAACAUUCCGAUUUUCUUGAUGCAUGUAAGAGCUGCAAUGGAGGGGCAUUUCGCCAAACAUUUUGGUCACCAAAUCAUCGAUCAGUUUUUCCAACGUUUAGAGACCAAGCUUUUGGACAAUUUUGACCUCUUCAAUUCUAGGUGUCACGAAAAAGUUCAGCUUUCUGUCGUUUUACGCCGAAAAUAAUGAUAUCAUAUCUCAUUAGCAUCUUGGUGAUUGGUCAACACAUUUAAUUAAUUUCCUGCUUAUAUAUUAAGCUAUGGUGAUGUACUUUUGUUUUUUUAAAAAAAAUUGGUGACCAGAUUUCCGAUCAUAUAUAGUAAU